GUCCCGGAUGUUGGCUCGGCCGCCGAGAGAAAGGCGAACGGGAGAAGGUGGAGAGAAGCUGAAGAGGGACGCCACGGCACCGCGAGCACACCGGCGAAGCAACGGCUACGGCGCUUCUUUGCACAGGACGAUAACGUCAAGAGCACAGGACACUCCUGGGGAGCCCCCGCUAGCUGGAGAAGAGGAGGUGGAAGGAAGGGGAGGGGGCAGUUACUCUGAAACUACCGUCAGGAUUACAGAGAGCCACCGUCACAGCAGCUUUCACCCAGAAGUUGACCUACAGAAGACGUCAUGCUGAAGUCUUGAGCUGAGGGAGACUUCAUCCUCAACCUGUCACUCGUCUCUUGUUUGUUAUUCCACACCGGGUCCACUCUCCAUCAGUCACCGAGUACCAACACCAACAACCACCGCCUCCACCUUUUCCCCUACCCCCCCUGCCCAGCCUGCCGUCACCAUGACGUCGGAGCUGGAGAGCAGCCUGACCUCCAUGGAUUGGCUUCCACAGCUGACCAUGCAGGCGGCCAUCCGCAAGGCGGACGCCCAGAAUGCCCACGGUCCAGGCAUGGGCAAGAAGAGUACCCUACUGGAUCCUAACACCACGUUGGACCAGGAGGAGGUGCAGCAGCACAAGGACGGCAAGCCGCCCUACAGCUAUGCCAGCCUCAUCACGUUUGCCAUCAACAGCUCGCCAAAGAAGAAGAUGACACUGAGCGAGAUCUACCAGUGGAUCUGUGAUAACUUUCCCUACUACAGGGAGGCGGGCAGCGGAUGGAAGAACUCAAUAAGGCACAAUCUGUCAUUGAACAAUUGUUUUCUCAAAGUGCCUCGCUCCAAAGAUGACCCAGGAAAGGGCUCUUACUGGGCCAUUGACACCAACCCAAAGGAGGACGCCUUGCCCACUCGGCCAAAGAAGAGGCCGCGGUCUGGAGAGCGGGCUUCCACGCCGUACAGCCUGGAGUCGGAGUCUUUGGGGAUGGAGUGUAUGAUCUCUGGAAGUGCCUCUCCAACACUGGCAAUCAACACUGUGACUAACAAGGUGGCGUUGUACAACACAGACCAGGAAGGGAGCGAUAGUCCAAGAAGCAGCCUUAACAACAGCCUGUCUGAUCAGAGUCUGGCCUCCGUCAAUCUCAACAGUGUGGGCAGUGUGCACAGCUAUACACCGGUGACCAGUCACCCAGAGCCCGUGUCCCAGUCUAUGAGCCUCCAGCAGCCCCCACAGUCCCAGUACAACAUGCCAGACAGGGACAAGCAGCUCCUGUUUUCUGAAUUUGAAGAUCUCAGUGCCUCCUUCCGCAGCCUUUACAAGUCUGUUUUUGAGCAGUCCUUCAGCCAACAAGGUCUGAUGGGCAUACCGUCAGAUUCCUCCCAGCAGACCCACACCUCCUGCUCCUAUCAGCACUCCCCCAGUGGCACCAUUAGCACUCAGAACAGCCUGUCAAACAACCAACCCAACAACCACCCCAACAGCCACUCCGCCAACAGUGGCCAGGUGCCCCUGUCCCAUCCUGCCCAAGCCCACCCUGGCCAUGGCUCGCCGCAUGCACAGCACCUCCCGCAGCACGGCGGCCCCCACAACCAACACAACCAACACAACCAACACAGCCAACACGCCCAGCACAGCCAACACAGUCAGCACCCACAGCACGCCCAGCACGCUGCACACUCCCAGCAUGGGCAGCACCCAUCGCAGCACCCGUCCCACGGCCAGCACCCACAGCAACACACGCCACACCCCUCCCAACACACGCAGCACAGCCAGCACCCUUCUCAACACGGACAGCAGCACCAGAGCCUCUCCCACCAGCCCCAUCCUACCCAGCAACAGAUGGCCUGCAACACAGGUUUACUGUCUGACUGGUACCCAAAUCUGGAUGCACUGAAAGAAAGCUGUCGUAUUGCUAGCAGCUAUAACUGGGCUGAUGUCGACCUUUCACCUUUCCAAGGAUUGAGGGAGAGUAUGAGACAAGCGGAGUUGAACAACUGGUCCCUGGAGCCCACCCAGAUCGCCGACCUCUGCUCGUCCAUCAAUCAGUUUUUUGCCCGCACCGGUGUAAUCCAGCCACAAGGGGCAGUGCAGCCUCCUGUUUGUCAUGGCUCCAUGCACCCCAACAAACCCAGCCAGCACCUCAACACAGGAAAUCUCUACAUGGACACCAGACAGAGUAUGUCCAUGAUGGGUCCUCCAGGAUAUCCCCACAUGCCCCCCAUGAGCAGCACAGGACCCACAAUGACAGGACACCAUGCACAGAUGAACCAGCAGCACAUGAUACCUACCAGAAACUUCCAGAUACAUCGCAUGCCAGCUGAUGACAUCCAGGAUGACUUUGAUUGGGACUCCAUUGUCUAAGCCCCUAGACCUCCUUUUGCAAAACAAAAGGGAGCGAGGAGAGGAGGUGGAAGCCAGAGGAAGCCAGGCUGAGCUGAAAGGCCGCAGGAGGAGGAGGAGGAGGAAGCCACUGUGGGUGGGAUGCAGAAGAACAUUUGACAAGCUUUGGAGAAAGACAGACUUCAGAGUCCUGACAUUUUUACAAAAGCAAAACAUAACUAGAAAAUGUUACUUUGAAGACAAUCAUAUUUAGUCGGACAUGUUAAAGUGAUUGCUUAUGUGCUUGUCUAGAGACAAGUAGAACACAUUCACGUCUAAACCACAUGCUCCUCAGCUCCUCAGCCAGCCCUCUCCCCGUCCCUAGCCAGCAGCCUUCCAAAGUCUGAACCCCUCCAACCCCCCCCC